AUGUACGUAGUACGAAAGUACGUCCAAUGCCGGUCGGUCGACGUCGACGAGAGCUCAGCGCCGCAGCUGCUGUCGUGGAAAGCUGUCAAGCGGUCGUGGAACCUGCGUCGAUACCCUAUCCGCGCGCGCCACCGCCGGCACGCCUCGGUCCAUCCGCCGACCGACGCUCCCUCAGUGCUCGCGCAUCGAGCACAUCGCGCGCGCCAGUCGCACCUCGCCUCGCGACGCCCUCGCGAAACCGCCCUCGCCGCCGCGGUCACCAUGAUCGCGUUAUCUUCCACGUCAUCGUCGUCCACGAUCGCGCGCGCGCCGAGAGCCGCCGUCCGCGGGGGUCGACGCGCGGCCGCGCCCAGGAAGCGCGUCGCGAUCGCGCGCGCGUCCAAGGACGAUGACGCGCUCUCCAGGAACGCGAAGAAGGCGCUCGGGGCGCUCAUCGCGAUCCCGACGUCGAUCGCGCUGUCCUCCGGCGCGGUCGCGCUCGCGGACGACGACGCCGUCGACGUCUUCGCCGCCGCGGACGCGACCGCGGAAGAAUCCGCCGCCUUCACCGCCGCGACCGCCGAGGACGCGGCGUUCGAAGCCCCCGCGGACGCGCCCGACGUCGCGGAAGCGCCCGUCGUGGAGGAAGCGCCGCCGAUGCCGCAGGGCACCGCCGACGCGCUCAGCGCGUACGAGCAGGCGACGCGAUCGGGCGGCAACAGCAACGUCGCCAAGAGCGUCGUCGAGAAGGGCAAACCGAAGAAGUCGUCGUCGUCAGACGGCGGCGGCGGGAUCGGCGGCCUCAUCGGCGGCGUCGUCGGCGUCGGCGCCCUCGGCGCCGCGGCCGUCGCCGCCUUCAAGGCUGGCUCCGCGGCGCUGUCCAACGACUCCGAGGACGACGACGAGGGAUCCGGGUCGUACUACGAAGAGGACGAAGACGACGACGCGCCCGCGAAGCCGGCGUUUUCGCUGCCGUCGUUCGGCAAGUCCUCCUCCGAGGACGACGACGAAGGGUCCGGGUCGUACUACGAAGAACCGGCGCCCGCCAAGCCCGCCGCGCCCGCUGCGGGGUCGCGAACGAUCGGCGGCAUCCUCGGCGGCGCGACCGCGACCGCCGCCGCCGCCGCCGCGGCGAAGAAGGAAGCCGCCGCCGAGGCGCUCGCGGAGAAGCGAGAAGCCGCGCGGCGGGCGCUCGCGGAGAAGAAGGAAGCCGCCGCGCUCGCGCUCGAGGAGAAGAGGGAGGCCGCGGCCGCGGCGAAGGCUGAGCGCGCGGCGCUGAAAGCGUCCACGCAGAUCAUGAAGCGCCCCGAGCCCGCGUACGAGGAGGAGGAGGAGGAGCGCCCGGCGUUUCCGUCCUUCACCGGGUUUAAGAAGGCGGAGGGCGCCGAGGCGUUUGAGUCAUCCACGGUGCGCAUGCCGACGCGCGCGAGCGAGGACGGCUCCUCGCUCCCGCGCGGGUUCCCGACGAUCGACGACCUGAAGGCGUGCGAGACCGCGGAGGAGAAGGAAGACCUGUGCGACGCCGCGGACGCGAUCGUGGAGCGGCUCGAGAGAAAGGCGGAGGGCGCCGAGGCGUUCGUGGACGGCCCCGUCUGCGGGUUCUUCGGGUUUUUGAAACCCAACGCGAUUCGCAACGCGGAGAAGGCGAGGGCCGCCGCGGACGAAGCCGCGGCGGCCGCUGCGGCGCUGCGACGCGCGUCCGCGGGCGGGCCGAGCGGUGGGCUCGUCGCCGGCAUCGUCGCCGCACUCGUCGCCGUCGGCGCCGCGGCGGUGGUCCUCGGCGGCGGCGGCGGCGGCGGCGGCGGCGACGCGCCGACGCGUCGCCCGAAGCAAACCAGGGAGCCGCGGGUGAGCGCGCCGAAGCCGCAGGCGUCGGCGUCCGCCGGGUCCGGGUUCGGGUUCUUCGCCGCCCCGGAGACGAAGUCCGGCGGGCCGUACGGCCUCGAGGCUGAGAGUUUGGUGGAGGACGUCAAGUCUGGCAAGGCGGACGCGCUCUCCGCGUACGAGGCGCUGCAACGCAAGUGA